AUGCCCCGGACAUACAAAAAACAAGCAGGGUCACGAUCCUACCGAAAUUAUAAGGAUGUCAACUUGGAGAACUGUUUGCGGGCAAUUUCGGAGGGAAUGUCCCAUCGGGAAGCGUCCAAAACAUUUGGAAUUCCUAAAAGUACGAUCGGAAACAAGCUUUACACGGAUAAGAAGAAUUAUCCUGGAGGUCAGUGCGUCUUCACUUCUGUUGAAGAGGAAAAGUUGGCAAAGUGCAUUACGUCCAUGAGUGAUUUUGGUUUUCCGGUAAACGAAGACGAUUUACGAUUCAUUGUGAAGGAUUACUUAUCAAAAAUCGGGAGAUCAGUGGAACGUUUUACGGACAACUUACCUGGCCGGGAUUGGAUGAAGCGGUUUCUCAGCCGCCAUGCAGAUCUCUCUGAGCGCUUCGUGGUGAAUAUCAAAAAAAGUCGAGCGGCAAUCACGCCUGAAAUCCUGACCGAUUACAUUGAUAAUCUCAGGAAAGUACUGAUCGAUGUCCCACCCGAAAAUAUCUGGAACUUUGACGAGACGAAUGUUACCGACGACCCAGGAGCAAGAAAGUGUAUCGUGAAGCGAGGCACCAAAUAUCCUGUGAACAUCAUGAAUUCAUCGAAGAGUAGUAUCUCGAUUAUGAUGGCAGGCAGCGCAGCAGGAGAUCUACUACCGCCGUACGUCGUCUAUAAGUCAUCUAAGUUAUGGAAUACGUGGGUCGAGAAUGGACCGCCUGGAACACGGUACAACAAUUCUGCAAGUGGAUGGUUUGAUACAGCGAUUUUCGAAAACUGGUUCGAGAUUCAUUUGAUGCCAACUUUGAAAAAGCGUAGCGGCAAAAAGGUUGUAAUUGGAGACAAUAACGAAAACGCUGAAGAAGAAGAAGAAGAAGAAGAAGAAGAAACAAACAAGCACACUGGACAUCCACCUCUUCGGCGCUUCCGUUGGAUAACGUCCCAGUCGAACCCGUGCAUCCCAGCCGGACACCGAGAAUCCCAGUCGGAUAGCCUGUCGUUCCAGCUGGACAGCCAAAUCCAAAGAAGCCGGAGAAGUGGAAAUCGACAAGCCGCUGUGCCGAGCCACAGGGCUGUUAGGGGAGCGGAGCGUACCAUCCGUCCCCAGGGAUCGUCAUCCUACCCGGCCGUUGCGCCAUUCCGACCCAGCGUCCACAUUCGGACCCCAGUGGUCACAUCCGACCCCAGCGGUCACAUCCGGACCCAGCGUCCACAUUCGGACCCAGCGUCCACAAUCGGACCCCACGUCCACAUUCGGACCCAGCGUCCACAUCUGAUCGUACCAUUUGCAUCGAGAGCAUCAUCCAACCCAAUCAAUCCAUCCGCAUCAUCAUCCAUCGACAGCCAUGUCAAGCACUCAAGCGAUUACUUUUGCCGCACCAACAGCAGCAGUAGCAGACGACAUCAAAACAGUCCGGAGACAGAUAAUAAUGAUGGAGGAACCGAAUCCGGUCGGCAAAACGACAGGCGAACCAUGGAAAACAAAUCCCACUACAAAAUCACAUCCGUCAUCUCCAGCGGUAGUGGCAACAAUAGGGCGGUUGUCAAGCAGAAGAAACGCUGA